AUGGAAGGCGGUUUUCUUCCACCUCAGACUACUGGUACCAAUCCUCGCACACAAACAGAAUCAUUGUGUGUCUAUUACCACGACAGUUAUUGCAAAUUUUGGAGUAAGAGUAUUCUCCCCCCUUCUAAUGUCAUCCACUCAACUCCAAAAGAGGAUGCUCAAAAACUUAUGGAUGAAACUGCUGAAGCUAAAGCUUAUCAAGAUGUGAGUUUGAGUUCACUCUUAUCCUUAACUUUGCUUUAUCAGUUUCCUUCUACUGCCUUUUUCUUCUCUGCUAUAUAA